AUGACCGACGUGGACGUGUGGAAGCAACGCUGCCUCGCUGCGUGCGACGACCUCGAGGAGGAAUACCAACAAGCGCUUCAUGAGGUCCAGUACCGCGCUGCCAAGACCAAGGCGGAGACGCCGCUCGUACCCUCCAAGGAGCUUCCUACGAUGCUCGAGUGGAGCCACGUCGCAGAUCGCAUUGACGCCGUUGUCUUGGACGACGAAAAGCAGCAUCGGAGCGCCCAAGCCCAAGAGACCAUGAGCCAGCUGCAAGCUCUCUGCAGCACGUUCCAGUGCAAGCUCGACCGCGUCGCAGAUGACCUCUAUACAGAGUACCGCCGGAAUUGCCAGUGUGUUUGGCAGUCACCGUAUCAAGGCAUCCAAGCUCUGGAGCUGUAUACACGCGACCAAGCCGUGCUUCAGCACUGUCCCGUCGCUGCGAGAGAGCAAGGAUGGGGCGACCAUGAGCGCUUCCACGUCAACCACGCACUAGAGAGCGCGAAGAAGCGUAUUCAAGCCGAGCACGCGACGUACGAAGAGCGCCUGCGCGCGCAAGUGGACAUAGAGAUGCACAAGCCUCUCGACGAGCCUCGUUUGUGGGAGACCCGCCGCGAUAUGCUCGUCUCUCGGCAGCGCGUCGCGCUCGAGGUAGCCCAUCGCCAGCAAAAGGUGACGCUGCGUAACUUGACCCGACAACACCUGCGCCACCUUGUCGAGAUUGACUGCCACGAUAUGGUCUGCCAAUACACGGCGCUGGUCACCGACCAGCACGAGGCGGGCAUGCGAGCACUGCGGCAGUGGGUGAAAGCUCUCCUGUACGUCCAGAAAUGGUGA